AUGGCCGAAUUUAUAUAUCUUUCAGUUUUCGUGGCAAUAGCAUGUUCCCUAGCCCUCAUAGCCUGGAAAUACUCAAAGGGCCCAAUUUUGGAGUUGCCCGUGCUCGGCAUGCUGCCGUCACUCCUCCUCAACGUGGGCCAAAUUCACGAUGCCUGCACAGAAACCUUCGCCAAAUCCGAGCGCGGAACCUUCCGCUUCCGGGGCCCACCGUUCUCCGGCAUGUCCAUGCUCUGCACGGUGGACCCCGCCAACGUUCACCACGUCCUCACCGGAAACUUCCGGAACUUCCCCAAGGGCCCCGCCUUCCGCCAGAUCUUCGACAUCCUCGGCAACGGCAUAUUCAACUCCGACCACGGCCCGUGGAAGGAGCAGAGGAGCCUCGCCCGUACCCUCCUCGCCCGCCCGGCCUUCCGCCAUUUUCUCGCGAAAACCAAUUUCAACAAAUUAGAGGAAGAAAUGAUUCCGGUUCUCGAGAAGUUCUCACGAGAAAGUCGGGAAGUCGACCUUCAGGACGUGUUCCAGAGGUUCACAUUCGACACGACUUGCGUCAUGGUAGCCGGGCACGACCCCGGUUGUUUAACGAGCGAUUUUCCGGAUUUGCCCUUUGCUCAGGCACUUGAUCAUGCCGAGGUGUCGGUUUUCAUGCGCCAUGUCGUGCCCGAGUGGGUUUGGAGGCUACAGAGACGGGUCGGUGUCGGGGGAGAGAGAAAGUUGACGGAGGCUCGGAGGGUUUUGGAUAGCGUUAUAAACAAAUUUAUCGUUAAGAAACGGAAAGAGAUGAUGGGUUCGGAUUUGCUGACGUGUUACAUGGGUUUGAAAUCGGACCGCGAGUUCUUGAGGGACACGGUUCUGAACCUCAUGAUCGCGGGACGGGACACGACGAGUUCCGCGCUGACGUGGCUCACGUGGCUCGUGUCGACGCAUCCCGAGGUGGAGAAGAGAAUCCGGGACGAGCUCGAAAUGACGAUUUCACCCUCGGGGGAGAGGGGGAAUAAAUUGCGGGUUUUCGGAGUCGAGGAGGUGAAAGAUUUGGUGUACUUGCAAUGCACGGUUUGCGAGGCGUUGAGGCUUUACCCGCCCGUGCCUUUUCAGCACAAGGAGCCGUUGGGGCCCGACGUGCUUCCGAGCGGGCAUCGUGUGGGCCCGGGGACGAAGGUGGUGAUCUCUUUGUACGCGAUGGGGAGAAUGGAGUGUAUAUGGGGGGAGGAUUGCUUGGAGUUUAAGCCAGAGAGGUGGAUUUCGAAGGCGGGGAUGGUUAGGCACGUGCCGUCGUAUAAGUUUCUAGCGUUUAAUGCUGGGCCGAGGACUUGUUUGGGAAAAGAGGUGGCGUUUGGUCAGGUGAAGGCGGUGGCCGCGACUUUGAUUUAUAACUAUCGGAUUCGGGUGGUCGAGGGACACGGCGUGGAGCCUAAUUGUUCGAUUAUACUCUACAUGAAGAAUGGUUUGAAGGUUAGGGUUGCUAAUAGGUGGUCUUGA